CAAAAUCAUGACAUGAACACCAUAUCCAUUACUUCACUUGGAUCUCAUUCUUCCUAUGCCCCCACAGAAAAGUCAAACACUGAUCUGGCAAGUCUUUGACUGCCGUACUCAUUCCGCCACGUGUACAGCUUUAACUUUGUUCCUAUAAAAACACAACUAAUAAACAGUUAAACACAUUCACACACAAGUAAGAAACGUUUUGAAGAUGGAGGAUAACCGGAAAACUACCCCAAACUCCGGCGAGACCAAACCAGAGACGUCCCUGGAGACGUCACUAUCAUCAGACUUCGAGUUUGGAUCAUUGACUCCCACAUCUCCAUCACAAGACCCCUUCUCGGAAAAUUCUCCCGCUGAUCAUCUUUUCCUCAACGGCCGUCUAUUACCACACUCUUUUCCAACGAGCACGAUAACGACACGUUCAGUGUCACGUACUACCAGCGAAAACACUUUCCGGAGCGAUAGUUGGAGCAGCCGAAGCAGUGAUAGUAGCAGCCCGACAUCUUACACUCCAAGAACAAGCACUUGUAAUAUCUUCAAGAUCACAAGUUCUAGUACCGGUCAUGGGAAAGAGACUAAUAUAACAUGUUUUGGUACUCGGUCCGAAGAGAUUAUGUGCCUAAGGCCCGCAACUUCUUCAAAGAAAACAAACACUUGCAUCAGCAAAGAAUACUAUCACAAACCAUCGUUAAUAUUGGAUCUAAAGAAGAGACCACCGGUGGAAAAUGGUAAAGCCGUAAACACGACAAAUAAGGUUUCGUAUUUGCCGCAAUGCAAGAGGAAGAAAGCGACGGAGAUUGUAACGGCUCAGCUUUACGGGUCGUAUUCACGGCGGUGGCAGCAUAUAACUCCGGUCUUUAAAAGAGAAGGGUCGGUGAAAAGUAAGGGAGGAGGGAUUAAGGUCGGUGGACGGAAAAAGAAGUCGACGAGGAGGAAGAAGCCGAAGAAGGCGGAGGAGAGAAGAGGAAUAAGUAGUAAGUUAAUGAAGUGGUGGAAGAGAAUUCUAAAGGCGGUGGUGUUUGCUUGCAGGGAGUGUCAUGCAAUGGAGCCUCAUCAGAUACUUGUAAAUGAUGAUGCUGGUGUGAAAAAGAAGAUUAUUAAAUGUCCAUAAUCAAAAUUUCAAUGUUUCUCUAAUCUAUUUGCUUGUGUUUUCUGCUAAUAUAAACAAACUUUAUGGGAAAAAAAUAUUUGAGACAAAACUUUUGCA